UAAACUUUGAGAUGGGAAGUUGUUUCUUUGGAAAAUAGUUACUAAUAAUGUGGAUUUAUUCUGGUUUUAUCAAUAACAAUUAACAAAGCUGUCGUGGGUUCCACUCGUCGGAACAUAGUAUGUUUGGAUUACUCUGUCAAACGUGUCCGAAUGAGCUGUAACACAUGAUGGGAGCUGAAUGCUGGUGUUUUUUAUGGAUACAACUAAACACGUUUUGUCCCAAAUCUGAUCUGCAAUCCCUACUUCUAGGGGUUUUUCCUGUGGUUGCUCAAGAAAAGGUUCGUGCUUUAGGUUCUAGGGUUUCCAAUUCAAUCGCAUUAUCAUCAAUGCACAUUCAAUCAUAAGUUUCCUGUUCGAUUCCGUUGAUCGCAACAAUGAUAGAGAGAUGUUUGGGGGCUAGACGAGCCCGGCAGAUCCACAGAGCUCUGCGCCAUUUCAAGGUCACCAUCCUCUGCCUCGUUAUGACCAUCGUCGUCCUACGUGGCACUAUCGGGGCCGGAAAAUUCGGCACUCCGGAGCAGGACUUCGUUGAGAUUCGAGACCACUUCUCCCCGCGCAAGCGAGCCGAGCCUCAUCGGGUUCUCGAGGAGGUCCAAACGACGUCGUCUUCGUCCUCCGAGCUUAACAACUACGCCACCUUUGAUCUCAACAAGCUCUUGGUUGAUGAAGAGGACGAUAGCGAGAAGCCCGAUCCGAAAAAGCCUUACAGUCUCGGCCCAAAAAUUUCUGAUUGGGAUGAGCAGAGAUCGACAUGGCUUGAACAGAACCCUAAUUUUCCAAAUUUCAUUGGACCCAAUAAACCUAGGGUUCUUCUUGUUACUGGGUCGUCUCCAAAGCCUUGUGAAAAUCCAGUUGGUGAUCAUUACCUAUUGAAGUCGAUCAAGAACAAAAUUGAUUACUGUAGGCUACACGGGAUUGAGAUUUUCUACAAUAUGGCUCUUCUGGAUGCCGAAAUGGCGGGGUUCUGGGCGAAACUGCCAUUGAUUAGGAAGCUUCUGUUGUCUCAUCCUGAGGUUGAGUUUCUAUGGUGGAUGGAUAGUGAUGCAAUGUUUACAGAUAUGGCGUUUGAGCUGCCAUGGGAGCGGUACAAAGAUUACAAUUUUGUGAUGCAUGGAUGGAAUGAGAUGGUCUACGAUCAGAAGAAUUGGAUUGGAUUGAAUACGGGGAGUUUUUUGCUUAGGAAUUGCCAGUGGUCACUGGACAUUCUUGAUGCAUGGGCCCCCAUGGGGCCAAAAGGGAAAAUUAGGACUGAAGCCGGGAAAAUUCUGACCAGGGAGCUGAAGGAUAGGCCAGUUUUUGAAGCUGAUGAUCAGUCAGCAAUGGUGUACCUUUUGGCUACGCAGAAGGAUACGUGGGGCGGUAAGGUCUACUUGGAGAGCGCAUAUUAUUUGCAUGGCUAUUGGGGGAUUCUGGUUGAUAGGUACGAGGAGAUGAUUGAGAAUUAUCAUCCCGGGUUGGGUGAUCACCGGUGGCCCCUGGUGACUCAUUUUGUGGGGUGUAAGCCAUGUGGAAAGUUUGGGGAUUACCCAGUUGAGAGAUGCUUGAAGCAGAUGGACCGGGCGUUUAAUUUUGGCGACAAUCAGGUACUUCAGAUUUAUGGGUUUACCCAUAAGUCAUUAGGGAGUAGGAGAGUUAAGAGAACAAGGAAUGAUACGAACAAUCCACUUGAGGUUAAGGAUGAGCUUGGACUGCUUCAUCCAGCAUUCAAAGCCGUGAAGGUAUCUUCUUCUUGAUUGGGCUGGCAUGUUUACUCUUCUGCUGCUAGAUGGUCAGGAUUAUCUAUGAUUAUGUUGUCCAUGUUGUUCCUAUGUAUGCCAUAUAUAAUGUCUGGAGAUAGUAUUCUUUUGUUCCUAAUCACUGUUUAAAUUAUAAAAUUAUAAUGCUUUUAGAAAGAAAA